UAUUCAUCAAGAACCAAAAGCUAAGGCUCAAAUAGAAAGGAAAGAAUGAUGACCAAGUUUCUUAAAUAAUGCUAUAAAAGAGCAAAAGAUCAAAAAUAGUGCGUCUCCUAAGAGAGACAUACAAAUAAGGAAGGAAAAGCUUGACCAAUACACUAAGCUUGUUAAGGAUCUUCAUCCUCCAAAAGUGAGUAAGCUAAAAGCAAAAGAAAUGAAAGCAUUAAAAGAUGCAAUAAUAAAUACAAGAGCUCGUAACAAAAGUAGUAUUAGUUUCUCAAAGGAUGACAAAAAUAAGCUAAAUUCUCUGACAAAUUACAACUCAGAGUACGCGAACAGAUCGGCGAAUGGAUUUACUGUGCCAAGCCAUAGAGUACAGAAGAGCCACAUUACGUGGAACUUUGAGAAUAAUUUUUUGCCAAAGCCUAAAGAAAAAUAAAGAGCCAAAAGUAACGGACUUCUUAAAAGAACAAAGAGAAAAGAAGUCAAUUGAGAAUUUCAACAUAAAAUUAGAGCCUAAGUUGAGAGGUUCUGAAAGGAACUUCCAGAGAGGGAAAAGAAACUCUCCUACUAAUAACUCAAUGGAUAUCAGAAAGCAUAGCAAUCUUAUUGAAGAAGGAAGUCCUCAGUCAUCCAAAGAGUUUUAUUCAAAGUUCAAGAACAGUCAUGUUGAAGAUCCAGAGAUCAGGAACCAACAAAUUGCUGUAGCAAGAGCCCAUGCUAAAAGAUCUGAGGAAGAAGUUAAUAGAAUUGAAAUGCAGAUGAAAUAUAGCAGAGGCACUAACGUCAAAGAUGUUGUCAGCAUGAAUGAGAUCCUACUCGGAGCAAUAGAAUCUAAACUUAAUAUUUUAGAUAGAAUGAAUGAUUUAUAG